CAACGGGCAGGUCUCCAGUCCAUCCAUCUCUAAGUAUCUCUAACUCUGGAUUAAAGUAUGUGGUAUUUGUCUGUGGUUCUCUUGGGCCUCGCGGUUGUCUGCUGGGCUGAUACCCUGGUUCAGCUCCAUGUGAAUCGUCCUUACAACGAUGUGAACGAAAAAUUUGUGAGUUUUGCCGUCCGGCCGGAGGAUCUGUACGAUGCUCUGGAUGGUAAAAAUCGCAAGGCCGUUACCAAUUUGGCCAAUCUGCUGGGAGAUGCGCACAUCAAGUUCGUGGGCGAUUUCUAUUUUGCCAGCAAUGCGCCGAGUAGACUGCGAAAUCCCACCAAGAUUAUUUGGAAGGGCUUCAAUCGCUGGACGCGGGCCGUCAACUGGACCAUGAUCAUUCCCGUUCCUUAUGCCCCCGAUGAGUGGGACUCCAUGCACACGCUCAAGAUCCUGAACACCUCCUAUAUGGUGGGCAUCACCGACUGCAUCUGGCAGCUGGGCACGGAUUUUGGAACCUCGAGGGCCAAGGAUUACGUCCAGGAAUUAAGAACUCUCAAGCUGAUGACGGAUACUUUUAAACCCUAUGUGGACGACUGGCGACUGAUGGGGGCUGACAUCUCGGCGGGAAGCAGUGCCGAUGAGACCAAGAGAUAUGUGGAGAUGUCCAAGGAUCUGAAUACGGCUUUUGGUUGGACACAGCCCGCCAACAUGCUGCCCAAAACGAGUCUGGGAAGCUAUCUGUACGACAGUGAUCCUGCCCUGCGAAUCCUUCAGCAACAGCGGGUUCCCUUGUGGCUGACCCUGCCGGAGGAGCGAUCCUCGCAAAGGAUGGUGGGUGACGAGACCACGGAUGCCCUGCGUUGGGCCCAGACUAUGGGCGAUGCGGCCGCCAGUGGAUUCGAUGUGAUCUUCAAGCGAAUGACCCUGCAGGAUUUUGAGCGACCCAAUUUCGGUCUUUAUGUGACGGCGCUGUUCAAGAAGGUCAUGGGAUCGCGGGUGUUUCCCGCCCGACCUCUAAAUGUCUUUGCCCCCAGCAACAAGCUGUAUACCCAUUGUGCGAAUGCCGUCUCCGGAGGAUUGGCCUUCAUGGUGGUCAACACGGAGGAGCAGCCCACCACGAUUACGGUGAAGAGUUCCAUGAGCAGCAGUGAGAUCUGGCAGUAUGUGCUCACCGGUCUGGAGCAAAGGGUGCAGCUGAAUAAUGUCCGUUUGCAUCUGAACACCACACUGCGUCCCCUGAUCAAGCCCAUUGAUCCAACUAAACCCCUUCAGCUGAUCACGCCCAGCAUGUCGGUGAGUUUCUGGGUUCUGCCCGAUGUCAAUCUGGAGCACUGUCAGUUCACGGAAAUCGAGGCGGGGGAUUCCAGUAGCGAGUCUUCCUCCUCCAAGGAGAAGCGUCGUUCAUCUCGGUACAGUUCCGCCGAUCGGUUGCUCCAACGGUUGAUCGAGGAGACGGCAGUGGCCAGGGGAUCGGUGCAGAGUUCCAUCAAUCGCAAUCGGCGGUUUGUUAUCGAUAAGGAGGAAACUCCAGAGACUCUUCUCGAUCGCCUGCUGCAGCAUUUCAAGGAUGACGAUCCUCUGAAGCGGGAGGCGGGCGAUGACAAGGACCAAUCCAAGACGCAGUCUGUAAAGCCCCACAAGGCUUUGGCCUGGCUAUACCAGGUUCUUGAGCAAACCCGCGAUAUGGACAAAAAGCGUUCCAAGCGCAGCACUUCCAGCUAUUCGGGACCCUUUUUCUACAAUCGUCAGGGCAAGAAAACCGCGCUGACCAAGAAGAUUACCGAGAUCCGUAAGCCCGAGAGAAAGAACAAACCGCUCUUCGACUUUGACGAGUUUGAUGAGGAGAAGUUCUUCAAGCGGAUCGGUGAGAAAUCCGAGGAGACACCCACUUAUACGCGACUGCCGGAAGGUGAUGUGCAUCUGAAGCAUAUAGAGAGUGUGGAUGGCGAGGAGCAGGAGCAGGAAGCUGAACAGGAGGUACCCAAGAAACGCCGAACCAAGGUCAAGAAUCAGCUGAAGAUCAUCAAAAGGGUCGAGGAAAAGGAAGAUGAACAGGAGCAGGAACCGGAGCAAACAGAAGGACGCGCCAAGCUGCGUCUACUGCCCACGGAAUUCUUCGAGGCUCUGCCGGCUCCCAAGCCGAGCAAGCGACUGAAUCUGGGCGCCACCUUGAACUCCCUGCUCUUUCCGGAACCCUUCUCCAGCAAGGCUACCAUGGCCAAAGGGGCUUCAAUCAAAUCUAAAGCUGUAGAAGAACCCGAAGAGGAUGUGGUGGAACCUGUACCAAGCGCCAGGAGACGGCACUCCAGAAUAGGUCACGUGGCCAAUGAUUUUCUGCAGGCCCAGCAGGAGCUGGGAAAGCAUUUCCUCAGCCACAUUAACGAACAUGAGCACGAGUUUUCCCUGGGAGAUGAGGGCAUGCGGGAGAGUUCGCUGGAGUCGGAAAGUACCGGGAAGAAAUCCCUCACGCAGGACCUUUUUGGAUCAAAGAAAUCAGCCCCUGCUCUGCAUCAGAAAUUACCCCAGAAGACGGCGGAUGAAGGCAUCACCUCCUGGUGGGAUCUUCCGGCGAUGAGAAGACGUCGUGCCCUUACCAAUUCCCUAGAUGAACUGCCCUCGAAUGCCAUCGAUAAGGCGGAUCGCGAUGAGAUGCUGCCCCUGGGAAAGUACACCUUUUACGAGUACAAGGUGGAUAGCAACUCGGAAAAGCCCAAGGAGGAGAAGGAGUCAAAGAUCAUGAAGAAUAACAGCAGGACACAGACUUCUGGCAAAGAUCGCAGUCUCACCAAACUCUCCGAAAGUCUCGUUAGCACUGUGAAAACAAAGGUCUCUCGCUUCAUAAACAUCAUCUCCAGCCACAUGAACGAGUGGUACAACACCUUGACCAAGCACUUGGAUGCGGAUUCGGAGAUUCAAAGGCCACGCAGGGAAAACAGCAUCGAGAAGUAGAAACAUUUUAUCUUAUGAUUUUUAACUUACUUGUGUAUACCAUCUUCAUUGAAAUCUAAUGUAAAUAUGUAUUGAUGUAUAAUAUACUCCUUGUUUGCAUUUAAUGAAAGAUUAUUUGUGCGAUAGCUCUCGAGGAACUAUCUCACUCAAAUAAAAAUUCACAGGACUCAAGCAACGAACUAGAUGGGCUUAGGCUAAGCUUUUACUAGAUUGGAUGAG